UAAGGAGGAGGAAGAAAGAAAGAAAGUGUCAUUUCUGCAUGACUGUAUCAGGAUGAAGCAAGCCAUCAUCGUAUGUGCUGGGUUUAUCAGCCUCAUCUAUUCCUGCUGGGCUGAUGCCAUCUGCCAUGUGUCUGAUACACAGAAGUCUGCUGUCUCCAGCUUGGCAAUUAGCAUGGCAAACAGUGUGGGGCCAUGUGUCACUCCCGAUCCUAGUGUUCUUCUGGCACUGAACUUAGGAAAGGUCACAGACAUCACCACUAAACACUUGCUGGUAAAACAGCUAAAAGAAGAUGCUGCUCAAAAGAUCAACCAAAAUCAACCCUUCUCCUCAGGAAAAGUUGCACUUUAUGUCCUUGCGCUGCAGUCCUCGUGCUCUGACCCAACUGAACUUCCUAAUUGUAAUACUGACCUUGUUAAUCUUCUCAAGACCAAGACUCAGGAAGAAAUUGACAGUAUUAAAAUCAGUGGUUCCCCUCUUACGACCUGGUACCAAGUCGGUCUUGAUGUGCUAGCUCUGUGUGUGAUGUCCCAACCUUCAGCAAUUACGACAGCAUGCGCUUUGGCAAAAGCUAUCCCUACAAACCCAUCUGGGCACACAUUUUCUGUAGAUACGGCAGCUGUGGCAGUGAUGGGAUUUACUUGUGUGCUUGAGAUGAAAGAUGUUCCUGCAGAUACUUUUGGAACCGUGAAGUUCACUGUUGGAGCUCUUUUGGACAUGAUCUUGGAUGCUCAGAAUGGUGGGCUUAUUGGUAAUAUCUACAGCACUGGGCUGGCUGGACAGGCCCUAAUAGUUGCUAAGUCUUACUAUUCUUCAGAACGCUGGGACUGUCUUCAGACCCUACAGAAGCUCAUAAAUUUGAUACCAGAAGGCAAGUUCUCCUUGCCAAUUGCUGCAGCUCAACUUCUACCCUUCUUGUGGGGUAAAAGUUAUGUUUCUGUGAAAGAAAUCUCGUGCCCAAGUAAUGAUGCUCAGUUGAUUUCAGUGGAUUACACCAUCUACAAUGACCUUAUUGGAGAGCCCUUUAAGUACUCCAUUGUUGUGUCUGUGAAGGAGGGAUCCACACUUCUCCAGAUUAUGCAGAAGGCAGCAGAACUCGAUCCUAAACACUUCAGUUUUCAGACAGAGACCUCUUCUUGGGGAGUGUAUGUGACAUCCAUUAACAAUCUUGGAGGAAGCACAAAUGACAAGACAUACUGGCAGUUUUUCAAUGAUGUCACCCCAUUAAUUGAAGGUGUCGGCACAUAUAAGCCUAAGAACAAGGAGCACAUUUUGGCUAUCAUAAGCAAAUACUGAUUAUUUCCUCAUUUACCUAUAUUUCGGUUAAUAUUUUGCCAUGAUUUUGAGAUAGCCAAAUCAUUUUGGCACAGGAGCAUCUUCCAGAGAAUACCAUUUCUUAAAUGAAUGGAGCUUUUGGCAGUAUAUCUAGUAUAUAUUCAUGUUGUA